AUGGCGGUGUUCGAAGAUAGUUUGGUGUUUUUGGAGGAUAUUUUCACCUGUACUGGUUACCACCUGGGAAAUAGCAUCGAGCGUGACUUGAGGUUUUUAGAUGAAAAACCAUUAAAUUACCGACGACGUGGCAUCUUUCUUAUAUUCAAUAACAAGCAUUUCCACGAAAGUAUGGGUCAAAAAGAACGUGAUGGAAUUGACGUCGACGCUGAACGGUUGGAAGAACGCUUUCAGGACACGGGAUUUGAUAUGCGCCGUUAUAAUGACGUCACAUGUGCCCGAAUGACGAAACUAAUGGAUGAAGUAGCCUCUGCUGACCAUUCUGACUGUGAUUGCUCCGGCUGUGCCGUGCUAAGUUGCGGUCGGGAGGGCUAUAUAUACGCCACAGACCGACCAGUGCCUCUCGAGACACUCACGUGGCCUUUCAAAGGGGACAGGUGCCCUUCUCUAGUCGGGAAACCAAAGCUUUUCUUCAUUCAGGCGUGUACGGACAGACGGGCGGAAAAAAGUGGACAGCACCACAGGGACUUAUCCCCAAGCAGACGAGAAUCUGGAUGCAGACGCAUCCCUGUAGAAGCAGAUAUUCUCUACUCAUACUCAACUGUGCCUGGCUAUUAUUCGUGGCGAAAUCACCAAGAGGGAUCAUGGUAUAUACAAGCACUAUGUAUAGUCUUGGAAAACUAUGCCAACAAAAUAGAACUGGUGCAAAUGCUUACCCAGGUCAACCGCAUGGUGGCCUACGAGUUCGAAUCUUGCUCGGAUGAGGAAUUUACAGAAAGUCAAAAACAGAUGCCUUCAAUAACAUCUAUGCUCACGAGAUAUGUGCACUUUAGGCCCAAGAAGCCAGAUAUCUGUGGAUGA